CAAGCCUAAGGGUUUUCUUAUUGAUGAUAGUGACGAUAUUGACCGUGACCUUGAUACGGAGCUGGAGCUUCUAACUAUGACGAAUGCGCUAACUAUGGAUAUGAUGCCGGAAAUAGACCGAUUUUAUAUCACCCUUCAAUUCGAAUUAGCAAAAGCAAUGUCUCCUUGCAUAAUAUGGAUUCCAAACAUUCAUGAUCUAGAUGUGAAUGAGUCGAAUUACUUAUCCCUCGGUCUAUUAGUGAACUAUCUCUCCAGGGAUUGUGAAAGACGUUCCACUAGAAAUAUUCUUGUUAUUGCUUCGACUCAUAUUCCCCAAAAAGUAGAUCCCGCUCUAAUAGCUCCGAAUAAAUUAAAUACAUGCAUUAAGAUACGAAGGCUUCUUAUUCCACAACAACGAAAGCACUUUUUCACUCUUUCAUAUACUAGGGGAUUUCACUUGGAAAAGAAAAUGUUCCAUACUAAUGCUAAUGGAUUCGGGUCCAUAACCAUGGGUUCCAAUGUACGAGAUCUUGUAGCACUUACCAAUGAGGCCCUAUCAAUUAGUAUUACACAGAAGAAAUUAAUUAUAGACACUAAUAUAAUUAGAUCUGCUCUUCAUAGACAAACUUGGGAUUUGCGAUCCCAGGUAAGAUCGGUUCAUGAUCAUGGGAUCCUUUUCUAUCAGAUAGGAAGGGCUGUUGCACAAAAUGUACUUCUAAGUAAUUGCUCCAUAGAUCCUAUAUCUAUCUAUAUGAAGAAGAAAUCAUGUAACGAAGGGGAUUCUUAUUUGUACAAAUGGUACUUCGAACUUGGAACGAGCAUGAAGAAAUUAACGAUACUUCUUUACCUUUUGAGUUGUUCUGCCGGAUCGGUCGCUCAAGACCUUUGGUCUUUACCCGGACCCGAUGAAAAAAAUGGGAUCACUUCUUAUGGACUCGUUGAGAAUGAUUCUGAUCUAGUUCAUGGCCUAUUAGAAGUAGAAGGCGCCCUGGUGGGAUCCUCACGGACAGAAAAAGAUUGCAUUCAGUUUGAUAAUGAUCGAAUGACAUUGCUUCUUCGGCCCGAACCAAGGAAUCCCUUAGAUAUGAUGCAAACUGGAUCUUGUUCUAUCGUUGAUCAGAGAUUUCUCUAUGAACAAUACGAAUCGGAGUUUGAAGAAGAAGGGGAACGAGAAGGAGUCCUCGACCCGCAACAGAUAGAGGAGGAUUUAUUCAAUCACAUAGUUUGGGCUCCUAGAAUAUGGCGCCCUUGGGGCUUUCUAUUUGAUUGUAUCGAAAGGCCCAAUGAAUUGGGAUUUCCCUAUUGGGCUAGGUCAUUUCGGGGCAAGCGGAUCAUUUAUGAUGAAGAGGAUGAGCUUCAAGAGAAUGAUUCGGAGUUCUUGCAGAGUGGAACCGUGCAGUACCAGACAAGAGAUAGAUCUUCCAAAGAACAAGGCUUUUUUCUAAUAAGCCAAUUCAUUUGGGACCCUGCGGAUCCACUUUUUUUCCUAUUCAAAGAUCCGCCCUUUGUCUCUGUGUUUUCACAUCGAGAAUUCUUUGCAGAUGAAGAGAUGCCAAAGGGGCUUCUUACUUACCAAACAGACCUUCCUACAUCUAUAUAUAAACGCUGGUUUAUCAAGAAUACGCAAGAAAAGCACUUCGAAUUGUUGAUUUAUCGCCAGAGAUGGCUUAGAACCAAUAGUUCAUUAUCUAAUGGAUUUUUCCGUUCUAAUACUCCAUCCGAGAGUUAUCAGUAUUUAUCAAAUCUGUUCCUAUCUAACGGAACGCUAUUGGAUCAAAUGACAAAGACAUUGUUGAAAAAAAGAUGGCUUUUCCCGGAUGAAACGAAAAUGGGAUUCAUGUAA